UUUCCGUGUGGGAGUACAUUGUCAAAAUACAGCGAGUUCAAGUUUUACGCGGCGUCAAGUUCAUAACAAAUCGCGUAGCAGAAGCAUUAAAUACUUGAAAACUAGUGCAAUGCAUUACUUAAUCCUGUAAAAUUAAGUUUUAACUAGUGUUCCGUUUAGUUUAGCAAAAUGAACGCACUCGGGCGCCAACUCUUCAAGUGUAAGUUCAAUCAAUCGCGUUAUAAACCGGUGAUAACAUCGUUGGCUCGUUCGCACCAAACUCAAUCCACACCAAUCAAGGAUCGGCUGCGCGAUGGACCUAGCUUCCAAGACUUCCUGCAUCAGCAAUCGACGACGACAACCGUUGGAGAAGUUCACCAGGUGGAACGAUCGGUGGACAUUCCAUACCUUCCGCGAGAGUCCCUGCUCGGCCAGAGGCGGAAAGUAUUUUUUGAGAUAUACGGUUGCCAAAUGAACACCAACGAUACGGAAAUCGUGUGGUCCAUACUGAAGAGCCAUGACUUCCAGAGGACCGGGAACAUUAAGGACGCCGAUGUGGUACUACUGAUGACCUGUGCUAUCCGAGAUGGAGCUGAAAGUACGAUCUGGAACCGGUUGAAGCACAUUCGACUGAUGAAGGGCAAAAGAGAUGAGGCCAAGCCGUUGCAAAUCGGAGUCUUGGGCUGCAUGGCUGAGCGAUUGAAGAAGCAACUGGUUGAGAAGGAACAAGCGGUGGAUGUCGUUGCAGGGCCAGACAGUUACAAAGAUCUGCCACGACUGUUGGCCGUUGGACAAAGCGGUCAGAAAGCUAUAAACGUGAUGCUCUCGCUAGAUGAAACCUACGCUGAUGUGAUGCCCGUUAAGUUGGAUCGAAAGUCGCGAACCGCAUAUGUGUCAAUUAUGCGUGGAUGCGAUAACAUGUGUUCGUACUGUAUUGUCCCUUUCACUCGGGGAAGGGAGCGAUCUAGACCCAUUAGUUCUAUCCGGAAAGAAGCGUUAAAUCUGCAAGACAAAGGCAUAAAGGAAAUUACCCUUCUCGGCCAGAAUGUUAAUAGCUAUCGGGAUACAAGUGAAUGCUCAGAGGACACUGAAAAGCAAGCUUCCAUUUUGGCGCCAGGUUUCAAAACAGUCUAUAAAACAAAAAUUGGGGGCCUUCGGUUUGCUGAGCUUCUAAUGGAUCUCGCCGUGACAGUACCGGAAAUGCGAAUCCGAUUCACGUCGCCACACCCGAAAGAUUUCCCCAACGCCGUGCUGGAAACGAUUGCAAAAUAUCCCAACAUAUGCAAUAGUUUGCACCUGCCUGCACAAAGUGGAAGUUCGAGCGUUUUGGAGCGCAUGCGACGGGGUUACACUAGGGAAGCUUAUUUGAACUUGAUCGACGAAGUACGGUCUCUCAUACCUGACGUAACCCUAUCGAGCGAUUUUAUUUGCGGGUUCUGCGGUGAAACGGAUGAAGAAUUUUCCGAGACGAUUUCCUUGAUACGCCAGGUUAAGUAUCAUACGGCUUUCCUGUUUGCUUACAGUAUGCGAGAGAAAACUACCGCCCAUCGCCGUUACGAGGACGAUGUUCCUGAGGAAAAGAAACAGCAACGACUGCGCGAAAUGAUUGCUGCCUUUCGCGCCGGAGCUGAGCAACUGAACAGGCAAUUUGUUGGCCGCGAAGAACUGGUGCUGGUGGAAGGGUUUAGCAAACGAUCCAAAGAUGACCUCUCCGGUCGAAAUGAUGGCAACAUUAAAGUGAUACUACCCAGUGGAGAUGUUCCAAUGGGUCACUCCAAUGCAGACGAGAGAAAAACGAUAGUCAGUGGGGAUUAUGUGGCAGUCAAGAUUGUCGAAUCAAAUUCACAAAUCCUGAAAGGCGUACCACUUUAUCAUACGACCAUCAGCGAGUUCGCAGCGCGAAAAAUGUGAUGAAAUGGUAAAACAUGCGAUUGUAACAAAUAAACGUUAUUGUUGUGGAUACAUAAA